AUGAUGAUUCUCUUCAAUUGCUUCAACCCAUUGAACAUUUCUAUGACCACCUUUGAUACAAUCCACCCUGCAGACAGUCUGGAGUUUUGUCCAACUAAUGGUUUUCACGAUCUCUUCGUAUGUGGAACAUACAAGCUCCUCGACCAAGAACCAUCCUCCAAAGUACCUCAAACACGAACAGGACAAUGCCUAGUAUUUCGAGUAAUUACAGACAACGAGACGCCGUCGUUCCAAAAAUUGCAGGUGGUUGAUCUGCCUGCUAUUCCUGACAUGAAAUGGUGCCAUCGAUUGAACGCUCUUCCACUAUUAGCCGUCGCAGAUUCGGAGGGCAAUAUCACGCUUUAUGAAUGGCGAGAGCACUCUCUUGAACGAACCGAUUCCGUUGUGUGCGCGACCCCGGAUCUCUUGUGUCUUUCUCUGGAUUGGUCAAAUCGGCGCACAGGUGGAAGCGCACCUGGGUCCCUUGUAGCGUCACUCUCAAAUGGAAAUCUUUGCCUCCUCACUGCAGCCCAGGGUUCAGGAUUGUCUGUGCAAGAAACCUGGCAUGCUCAUGACUACGAACCCUGGAUCGCGGCUUGGAAUUAUUGGGACACCAAUGUGAUAUAUUCAGGUGGCGACGACUUGAAAUUGAAGGCCUGGGAUAUCCGACAAGGUUUCACCCAGCCGACGCUGGUCAACAAAAGAUUUGAAGCUGGUGUUACAACCAUACAAAGCCAUCCUCAUGUUGAGCAUCUCUUUGCAGUGGGAAGUUACGACAAUACCGUUCGUCUAUUCGACGCACGUAAUCCACUGAUCGUUCUGGCACAAGUAGAUGUCGGAGGAGGUGCCUGGCGAGUGAAGUGGCACCCCUCAGGUAGUCGUAAACAGGAUCUGCUGGUGGCGUGCAUGCACGACGGUUUCAAAGUCGUGAAGUUCAGCGGGAUAGGGAGCAAUUCAUUCGACGAGGAUGCUGCUAUCAUCAAACGUUGCGACGACCACAAAUCGCUUGCAUAUGGAGCUGAUUGGUCGUACGAUUCCGCCUUGAGGUCGCAAGAGACGCUAAUUGGGUGUUGCUCUUUUUAUGACCAUAAGAUGAGCUUGUGGAGCGCGUAG